AUGGAAAAAUGGAGUUCUCGGGAGGAUAAAGCUUUGGUCAAACUCUACAGCGUGUGCGGUUUCCAAUGGAUAACUAUAUCCCAUAUGCUGGGUACCAAAUCUGCUUAUCAAUGUGCUCAAAGAUGGCGUAAUGCGCUGCAACCUGGAAUCAACACAAACUCGUUUACUCUAUUCGAACGCGAAGCGGUCAAAGAGCUGUACUGUAUCCAUGGUGCUAGAUGGAGUAGAAUUUCCUCGUGUCUUCCUGGUCGUACUCCAGAAAUGGUAAAAGCCGUCUGGGAGCAGAUGCAAGCGGAAGAACGUAUUCGAGUUCAAAUGUCAAUACAGAAAUUAUUGAAUUGA